UUGACAAGAAGGAAGAAUCGGGCAACAAACGGAGAACCUGUUGUUCGCAGGAGAGGAUUGAGGAAUGUAGACUCGCCGCGAAUUCCAUCAUGAAUACCAAAAUAAAUCCGCAACAUACGACGAAUUCGUAUAACGGAGAUACUAUAGGAAGGGACAGUCCAUCAGCAUUGUUAGAAGUGCUUGCAGAAGUUGCAUCUCAAACGUUGCAUUCGGAAAAGAAGCGUAUUAAUUCACUGCUGACAUUGCAAUGCAAAUCUGCAAAAGUAGCAAGUGUAAAACGGAAGGAAUCAUGCUUUACUGUAUCACAGCUUCUAUCCAUGCCUGUUUCUCAUCUUGUUAAACAGUUUACUAUUUUUACAAGUGAUGAGCUCAAAAAACAAUAUUCUUAUACUUGCGCAUUAGUGCCUGAUUGCCAAAAAAAAUAUACCAGCUUUGCUAGCGAAGAAAAGGCAAGAGUGUCCAUUAAAAAUCAUUUAGAAGAGCAUUUAGAAUAUUUAAAAGCAGAUAAAGAAACUUAUGAUACAUUUAUAGCAAAAAGUGUAAACCAUAAGAGUUUGAAGACUAAUUUGCAAAGUAAGAAAAAUCGGGUGCAGCAGACAAAGAAACCUCAAGAAACAUUAAAUAAGGAGAACAAAGAUGUGAUAGUGGAAAAGUCUACAAAUUAUUUCCGUAAAAUACUUUUAAAUGAUAUAAAUAUCAAAGAAAACGAGAAGCAGAAAUGUUUUCAGAAAUUGGAAAAUAAGGAAACGCACAAUUCUGAAAUGAAGAAAUCUGAGCAAAUGGAUACUAAAGUUCUCGGUGAUCACAGUUAUUUUGAACGAUUAGAAGAUGACAUACCUGAUAAGAAAGAAAUGUCAUCUUUUAAUAAUGUUCUUGAUAAUACAACGGGAGAAGAACAUAUUGUAUUAAUGGUUGUUGGCACCGAUAGUGUACAUACGAAAGAAUAUUCCCACGUCAACCAAAAACUGGCUGAAAACACAAAUCAUCAAGAUUCCGAUCUCUGUUCCUCAGAUGAAACACGGAUCAGAAACAUGGAAAUAUCCAAUACGACCAAGCCUAAAGGAAAAGCAAAGUUUAUUGGCACAAGUAAGGAAGAAAGGGAAAUGGCACUAGCAUAUAUAGAGCGAAUUAAGAAGAAGGGCAAUCCUACAGGAAGCAAUCUUCAGUGUCGCAUUUGUGAUCCACCUCGUAGUUUCACAGCGCCUACGACUUUAGUGUCUCAUUAUCGGAGUCACGCUGGAAUAAAACCAUAUGAAUGUCGAAUAUGUAGAGCGGUCUUUACGAGAAGACACAGUUUGAAGUACCACAUGUUGAUUCAUCAAAACCAAACGCGCUUCACGUGCACAGAUUGUGGAAAAAAGUUCAGGCAUCCAUCACACUUUAGGGAGCAUCAACGUAGACACACUGGAGAAGCACCAUUUGGAUGUGACGACUGUGGACAACGAUUCAAAACGAGAAAUACUUACAAACGUCAUCUAAAGACACGACACGGGAAAAUUCUCACGACGGUUGGGGAAGUUUUUCAUCUGUCCGAAGAAGAUUUUCAGAAGGUUCGGACCAAUCGAAGAAAGAAGGAUUGUAUUCCGGAAGCUAUAAUGAAUGUGGAUGACGUCGCGUCCAAUGUAAUCGUGGACUUUGGAAAUCACUAUGACAAAGCGCAGGCUGUCACAGAUCCAGCGGAAGAAUAUGUUCUGAAAGAGGAUAUUGACGAUAUUGACAGUAACUGGGAGACGAAAGGUACAGUACAAGUUGUUGAUAAAUGUUUUGAGACUUUUGAGAUUUACUCGGAAUCUCAAUUGAAUAAGACUGAUGGUAUAGAGACUGAAAUAGCUAUAGAUUGUAGAUAUCCCGACAGCAACAUCGAGAUGGAAUGUAUUAACGAUGGACAAAAUGGCCUACUAGAAUUGAAAAAUUCUUUUUACAGUAAUUUAAAAGUAACCAAUAAUGAAGAAGAGGAAAUUGCUUAUCAACAUAACAUUGAAGAUCAGAACAAAACUUUUGAUUGUAGUAACGAAAUAAGUUGCGAAUACUCUGAACUACAUUGCAAUAACGAAAUUGUGAAAGUGGCAGAAGACGAAGACGUAACAACGCAUGAAGUAAAUAUAGAUUUUUCAGAGGAACAAAAUAGAAGCAGUUCACAUGUAAUGCAGAAGCCUACACACGAUUAUCAUUAUCAGGGAGUAUAUGACAAUGAUAUGCAAGAAAAGUUCGAUCCAUACGUUUUAAAACAUUUAAAAACAGAAGAGGUGGAAACUACAAGUUCCGAGGAAAAUAAUCAAAAGCACGAUGAAAAAUACAAUACGCACCUUAUUAUCACAGAGGACAAUGCUGUAAACGAAAAAUUCAAUAAAUAUGCCAAUAGUUUCGAUAUCGAGAACAAAGAAUGUGCAGGAAAUAAUAUUGCCUUUUGUGCGCAGAUCGCAAAUACGAAUGUCAAUAUUCAGCAAACGAUCGAUGAAGCUGAAGAAGAAGUUACUCCGCAAAACAAUACACCACAGGAAAACAAAUGUGUAUGUAAAUAUGUCGCGACCGAUUCGACAAGAAUCGUAAAUGUCUCUACAAAAGAGACAAAUAUGAAGGUUGAUGAACAAAAUAAUCGUUAUUUAUACAUUCAUACUGAGCCGUUGAAUAAAAUCACGCAAAGUAAAUGCAGAAACAUGCCUUAUAAAAUCAAGUUGUGUCGCGAUCAACAAAAUCAAUUGCAAGCGAAAGAGGACAGCUGUAAGAAAAUUAAAGUUUUAAAUGGGAACUUACGAGCAAUUAAUAUAAAGCAAUCUGAAAAACAAAAUGCAAUUUUGCUUGUGUCUGAUGAUAAUUUAAAGGAUGGCAUUUUUCAAAUUGACAAAAGUAAUAUUUCUGUCGAAGGUCUAAAGAGAUAGAUGAUACACAAUUUUUACAGUAAUAACAAUAUUUGUACAAUAAAAUACAGUGUACAGUUUAGUGUUAAUCAUAUUCGGGAUAUAUUUUGUACUAACGUAGCAAUGCUAAUAGACAUUGAUUAAGAUAUAUAUGCAAUAAUUCUUGUAACAUAUAAUAAUCCUAGAAAGAAAAACAUAAAAAAAAAAACAUUUUUCUCUCGCUUAUGUAAAUAUUUGGAAGGCAAACCCAAGUAGAAAUAAUUUUAUUUCUCCGCUCUGUUACAAUGAAAUGAACGGACUAAUGAAAGUUUCCAUUUAAUUUUUCUGCAGACUAUUAAAAGAAAUGAAAGUCGAUAAUAUAGGCAUUUAUAUGUUUUAUAAUUAAAGACUUAUUUGUGCAAUUUUUAAAAGAAACGUCACUACGAAGUAUUGAGGUAAGCUGACAUUAACACCAGUUAUUCGCAUUUAUUAAUUUUUGCGUUUAAUAUGAAAUUUGUCCAGAAUUUUAUAAUCUUUAGCGUUUUAUUCUCACAUAUACAAAUUAUGUGACUUUAUUUAUAGUCUCAUUUACUUCUCUUGUUAGGGAAGAUCUUACUAACUUGUAUUUAAUAGCAAUCAUAAAAAUAUGAUGGAGUGCCAAAUAUACGAAAGCAUGUUAGCAAUUGCAUAUUCUUAGCAUAGUUAAAAAAAUAAAAAAAAAUAU